UAAAACACAACUCUGCUGUGGAUUUUUUUUUUGCUCGCCAACGCAUAAUUUAGUUUUUAGUUAAGAUUUUUUGUCGAAUUCUAAUUUAUUGAACAAUUUUAACUACUUUGAGCACAUAUCAAUUUAGUUGUUGUUGGUGGUUGGCGCCCGCGACGGCACUGCAUCCGGAGUUGUGCGUGAAAUUGUGUGUGCAAGUGGGAAGGAAUAAGUUUGUUGGGAAGUUUGGAAUUGGAAGUGGAAGUUGGGCCCCAAAAAUGUCAAAGAAUAAAAUAAACACAACUGCAGCGACGGCGGCGAGCGCUGAAACGAAUCUAAUUGAAGUGAAAUCAAAGUUUGAUGCCGAAUUUCGACGCUGGAGCUUUAAACGUCAUGAGACCGAGCAGAGUUUCGACAAAUUCGCCUCAUUGAUCGAGCAGCUGCAUAAAUUGGCCAACAUACAAUUUCUAAUACUCUACAUUGAUCCGCGCGACAACGACCUGUUGCCCAUCAACAACGAUGACAACUUUGGCCGUGCCCUCAAAACAGCGCGUCCUUUGUUGCGCGUCAUUGUGCAACGAAAAGAUGAUCUGAAUGAGUACUCGGGCUUUGGGACAAUGAAGCCAAGGAAUCUAAUUGGCAGCAUACUUGGACAUACGCCGGUUAAAACCAAAGCGCCAUCGAUAUCGAUACCACACGAUUUCCGUCAGGUUUCGGCCAUUAUCGAUGUGGACAUUGUGCCGGAGACGCAUCGACGUGUGCGUCUCCUCAAGCACGGCAGCGAUAAGCCCUUGGGUUUCUAUAUACGCGAUGGCACAUCGGUGCGUGUUACGGCCAGCGGGUUGGAGAAACAACCGGGCAUAUUCAUAUCACGCCUGGUGCCCGGCGGUUUGGCCGAAAGCACCGGCCUUCUGGCCGUCAACGAUGAGGUCAUCGAAGUCAAUGGCAUUGAGGUGGCCGGAAAGACACUGGAUCAGGUGACGGACAUGAUGGUGGCAAAUAGCUCGAAUUUGAUAAUUACAGUGAAGCCGGCUAAUCAACGAACGCUGACGUCGACGCAUCGUGGUUCCUUCUCUCGCAACAGUCAAUUGUCGAGUGGUUCGCAUCACACGAAUCAUACGAAUACAUCCGAUGAACUGGAGCAUGAUGAUCAGGAUGAUAUUGUUGAUCUAACUGGUGUCACGCUCGAUGAAAGUCCCACGACAGGGACAACGAUGGUGACUGUGAAUUCAACGGCAGGAACAUCAUCGACAUCCGCAUCCGCAACGAGUCAUCAAUCAUCCGCAUCAUCACCGUCCACACAUCACAGACAGGCUGCCUCCAAUGCGUCCACAAUUAUGGCCAGUGAUGUCAAGGAUGGUGUCUUGCAUUUGUAAACUCCAGACAACAACAACAAAGUGAAAGAAAUCCCCAAUACACAUACAACAUACAUUAACAGUCUUAUAUACACAUAAAUAUUGGGUUUACAUUCCACACAUUCCACACGUUCCACACACACACACACACACACACACAUACAAAUGUCUAAGUUUUCCAUUUCCAGUUUUAUGCACUUGUUUUCUUUUUAAUUAUUUUUCAUCAACGCCCAAAAAAAGAAACUAUGUAUUUUAAUUGUAAGCAUUAAUGUCCUUUGUUAUUAUCAUAUAUUCCUUCAUGUGUUAUCAUUAGUUAGACAGAGUGAGAGAUAGUGAGCGAGCUAGAGAGA